AUUAUUAUAACAGCGACGAUGACGCUAGGGUUGUUAUUGGGUAUCGGAAGAUCUUUCCGGCGAAAGCGAGCAUCUUCGCUUGAUAUCCUCUCCCCGAAACGAGCUCCCAGAGACUUCUACAAGGGGAAGAACUGUAAACCCUCUGGUUUCCACACCAGAAAAGGAGGAUAUGUGGUGCAGCCAGAUAAAUUGCCAAACUAUGUAGUUCCUGAUCUAACCGGCUUUAAGCUGAAACCAUAUGUAUCUCAGUGCCCUAUAGAGGUCAACAAAACAACAGGGUCAACGGAAGCUUCCAAGUGA